AUGUUAAGGGGAGGAGAUGAGGAACAGUGUAAUGCCUUAGGGGAUUACAAGAAGCCUUAUAAUGCCUACUCUAACACAUACAAUCCUGGUUGGCGUAACCAUCCCAAUUUCAGUUGGAAGGAUACAAGUCAAAAUCAAGCAUCUGGGAGCCAAUGGAGGCUUGAUCAACAAAAGAAUUCUCUUGAGAGUUCCAUGAAAAUUCUCGCAGAAUCCCAACUAGAGUUCAGGACUUAUUUCACUCAGGUGAUAGAGGAAUUGAAGGACAUAAAGAUUCAAAUAACAAAGUUAAAUGAUUCUUCAGUCAUUCAAGAGCGUGGUAAGCUUCCCGCUCAGCCUCUAAUCACUCCCAAAGGGCAACAUAUGGCACAAACCUCCGCUCCUUCAGAGUCUAAUCUCAAAGGGGUUAAUGCUAUUACUACCCGAAGUGGUCAAAGUACGCAAGUACCGGCUUAUGCCAAAGUUAUCAAGGAUCUAUGCACUAUCAAAAGGAAGCACCAUGUCAAGAAAACUGCAUUCUUGGCAGAACAAGCUAGUGCGGUGAUCGACUGCAAGACACCGCUUAAAUACAAAGAUCCUGGUUGUCCCACCAUUUCAUGUCAAAUAGGGGAACAGGAAUUUGGCCAAGCCCUCCUGGACUUAGGUGCAAGUGUAAAUCUCAUGCCUUAUUCCAUAUACUUGCAACUAGGCCUAGGAGAACUUAAGCCCACAUCUGUGGUGCUACAAUUGGCCGAUCGAUCAGUUAAGAAACCUCGGGGAAUAGUUGAAGAUGUCUUGAUUCAAAUUGAUAAAUUCUAUUACCCCAUGGAUUUUCUCAUCUUGGACACUCAAUACGAAGUCAACUUAGAGUCCAAAAUUCCCAUCAUUCUCGGACGACCAUUCCUCGCAACAAAGAAAUGCACUCAUCAAUUGUAG